UUCUGUGCAGCAAGGACUGGCGUUAUCCCAGGGCAGAAACAGUGUGUUCUUUUGAAGGGGGUGUGCAAGGACGGAGGCUGUACCACCACAGAUGAUACCAUUGGUGAAUGUAAUGAUGAGAAAAAGUGUUGUAGAAAGUGGUGGGUCCUCUUUCCUUAUGCAACACCGGCUCCCAAAGCAAAAUCUCCUUAGUGGGGACAAACGACAAGCCCUUCAAACUCCAGGACACAUGGAUAAGUUUUGCAGAGCCCUAUUUAACCGGACUUGUUUGUCUCCCUUGACUGGAAAUAAAUGUCCUAAAUCCACAUGUACUUAUCCCUGGGAAGUUUCUUCUUAAUGCACCAGUCUUAAGAACCACAAGACAAAAACUACAUAAUACAGGAAUCUCAUACCCUAAAGGUAUUUAUAGAACAUUUCUUAAAAAGGAUAAGGAUAGAAACGUUAAGUAGGUAAAUCCAUAAGGAUAACGGAAUAGCAGUAGUUAGUGUUUGAUCACCUCAAGUGGAUUAUCAACCUUCCUUACCACCUGAUUCUGGAAAAAUAGCAUCUCAUUACCAGUAGCAACCUCCUGUAGUGAUGAAGAGGAAGGACACCCAACCACGUGGUCUUGCUGACACUGCCUCUGGGAAUCAGACACACUGCACCAGUCGUGGCAACACCGGCCCGAGGCUGGCCUCCCCUCCUCAUUGGACAGCCCUGGUGGAGCAGAAUGAGACAGCCACUCCCUGCAAGUAGGCUCUCUGCUCUGAGGGGAGCUAGAUUGCUGAGUUGCUGAGAAUCCAGAAUGCCCUGCUAAUCCUUUCCAGAUUCUCCAUCAGAUAAUUCCACCUUCUGGCUGGACCAAUUCCCACCAUCAUUAUAAUAAUUCUGGACAAUUUCUAUUACAUGGCUAAGCAAAUUCAAGGGCAAGAGGCCAGGAAUGUUACAUGACAGGAGUUCCACAAAGAUGGAAACAAUUACCCCACAAACAAAAUUCAAGGUUUUCACUUGUUCUUUUCUUUCCUUUUUUUUUUUUUUUAAGAUUUUAUCUAUUUUAUUUAUUUGAGUGAGAGAGAGAGAGUGGGAGGGAGAGGGAGAGAGAAUCUGAAGCAGACUCCAUGCUGGGCUCCAUCCCACAACUGUAAGAUCAUGACCUGAGCUGAAAGGAGAGUCAAAAGCUUAGCCACUUAACCAACUGAGCCACUUAGGAGCCCCAAGGCUUUUUGUUUCUUGACCAUAAAGCCUAUGGUCAGUUAGAGGAAGGUAGCUUACCCCCCUUAAUAUCCAUUAGGUUUUUCGUUUCUGUUAUUCGUGUGGAUAUCAGUUGUCCAGAGACCAUAAAUGUCUUGUGCACAAAAGCUGCCUUCUUCCCUGUCUGUGUGGCCAGGAUACCACACCACAGUCUCUUAACACCCUGUGUUGACAGGGGCAGCGUCUGGAAUCAGUCAUAUGUAAGUUAAAACUGUAGAUCCCUUGCUUACCAGUCACAUGACCCUGGACUAUUUAUUUAACCUUCAUUUGCCUGAAAAUUCUUCUUCAAUAAAUGAGUGAAAUAAAUAAUUUAAUUUCUGAGCUUGUUGUAAAGAUUAAAGAAGAUCAAGUACAUA